CUUCGCCGGAAGUUCUCGCCACUUCCGGCAGGGUCUUCGAAAUACCGGCGGUGCCGGGAGAGGCGCGCUGGACCGUGGUUCCGAGGUCUGCGUGGUGCGAGACCUGCGGCGCGGGCUUCCGGUCCUGGGGCCGGCGGGCGGCGAUGCGGUGCGGGCUGCUGUGGGCGGCCGGUCGCCGGCUGUGGGCCCGCGGCGCUGGGACUCCGGCCCGCCGGUCGCUGAGCGGCAGUGCGCCGCCGCUGGAGGAGCUGUUCGCCCGCGGCGGCCCCCUGCGGACCUUCCUGGAGCGCCACGCGGGGUCGGACGCCCGGGGGCCCGAGCUGCUGGCGGCGGCCGGACUCCUGAGCGACAAGGAGCGCGAGCUGCGGGAGACCGAGCUGUUGCUGCGUGAUGAGAAUGAAGAGUUAAAGAAACUUGCAGAGAGUGAAAUAGCUUUGUGUCAAAAAGAAAUAACCAAGCUGAAGCAUCAGAUCAUCUUACUUUUGGUUCCCUCAGAAGAGACAGAUGAGAGUGAUUUGAUCUUGGAGGUAACUGCGGGUGUUGGAGGCCAGGAGGCAAUGCUGUUCACCUCCGAGAUGUUCAAUAUGUAUGAGCAGUAUGCUGCGUUUAAAAGAUGGCAUUUUGAAACUCUGGAAUAUUUCCCAAGUGAAGCAGGUGGCCUUAGACAUGCGUCUGCCAGCAUCGGAGGUCCAGAAGCUUAUAAGCACAUGAAGUUUGAAGGUGGAGUGCACAGAGUACAAAGAGUGCCGAAGACGGAGAAGCAAGGCCGCAUCCACACUAGCACCAUGACCGUGGCAAUACUGCCUCAGCCUACCGAGAUUAAUCUGGUGAUUAAUCCUAAAGAUUUGAGAAUUGACACUAAGCGAGCCAGUGGUGCUGGCGGUCAGCAUGUGAACACCACAGACAGUGCUGUUCGGAUAGUUCAUCUUCCUACAGGUGUUGUUUCUGAAUGCCAGCAAGAGAGAUCUCAACUGAAAAACAGAGAGCUGGCCAUGAAAAAGUUACGUGCAAAGCUUUACAGCAUGCGCCUAGAGGAAGAAAGAAGUAAGAGAUGCAGUGCCAGAAAGACCCAGGUUGGAACUAAAGGAAGAUCAGAGAAAAUAAGAACAUAUAAUUUCCCACAGAACAGGGUCACAGACCACAGAAUAAACACAUCCCUACAUGAUCUUGAGACUUUCCUGCAAGGAAACUGCCUUUUGGAUGAACUUACACGGUCCCUGAAGGAAUAUGCUGAUUAUGAAUCUUUAGUAGAAAUGAUUUCCAGAAAAGACUAAGCUGCCUUACUACUGAAGCUCUUUUUAUAUAGACUAGAAAAAGUUUACAGCAAAUCCAUUGUUUGUAAGUACUCAGCAGCGUUCUCUUGAGGAACCUAAGUUAACAGUUGGAAUAUGCAUAUUCUUAGGACAUGAUUAUUAACGCAGUUCUCUAAGUACUGGAAAAAUGUACAAUUAUAACUUCAUAAAUCUUGAACUCUUUUUGUAUGAAGGGUAGACAAAAAGGAAAGUAGUUGUUUUGGGCAAAAUAUUUAAUGGUGAUCAAAAUUUUCAAAUAUAAAACAGAAAUAUGAUA